AUGUCUUCUCCUAGAAUUGACAGUUCCUCGAGAAAACAAAUCACCAAAGUACAAAUUAAGCCUCUACUCAAAAGAGUGUCGCAAGAUGGCUCAUUGUCUACGUCAAUUGACCUCUCGCGAUCGUCGUUUGAACAAGAGGGUCUAGGAAUAUAUACAAACUACGAGCGAGACAGCGUCCAGAGUGACUUGUACACCAACUUUCCAACGAGGAGGAAACUAUCCGAUUUAAAUCGUCGAUCUACGAGCGGAACGUCCCAGCUUUCCACAGCGAGCAGCUCGAGCAUGGGCAGACCGGCAUACACGUAUCGCCGCACGCCGCGCGCGUACACUCCUCCUCUGUUGACACAUGGUCAGAACUACUUUGACGUUCAGGCUGCAGAGGCAGAUGGCCAACCACGCUUGUCGUUGCAUCUCCCAGACACGACGUUCACACCGGGAGGCUCACAGACGAAUGUGACCGGCCGUGCAUCUUUUGGCUAUUCACGAGACAGUGCAGUAGAGACCACGUCUCGGUCGUCUCUCGAUUUCGUCUUCCGCUCCAGGACACGGACGAGCAUGGAUCCUGUUUCCCGAGCAGCCACGAUACAAGCAGCACGUCAGGCAUUCGAAGAGAAGGAAGCGGCAAAGAAUCGAAAAUUCGAAGAACAGCGGAUGAAAGCGGAAGAAAAGCAAAUAAAGAGGGAGACACCCAAGGAGGAACCUCCAAAAAGCGAGACGCAGCCGCCACCAAACUCGGAGAAUUGGAAGUCUCAGUCAAAAAGCACGUGGAUGCUCUUUCUUACGUGGCUGCGAACUCGGAUAUUCAAGUUCAGAAGAAGAGUGCGGAGCUUGAGCUGA